AGUCUGCUAACGAGUAGUACUAUUACGCAGUCAACUACAUCCACAAUUUCUCCGCGUCGAACUUGAACGUGAAUUGUUGACAAGUUUUAGAUUUAUAGAUAUAGUUAUACGUUGAUCGUCAGCAAAAUUGCGAACGGCAUCAACAGCGCUCCUUCGUCAAACUUAUAAUCAUCGAAAGUCAAAUGGCCGCGGUUUUGUCAUCUCACGGGGCACCACACACACCUGUCGGCGCCCCGUUGCUCCUUGGAGCCUGUCGGUCGCUUCAUGAAGAGUUUCUGGUACUGACGCGUGAGAUCGAGGCGGUACUGCAGAGGCGCAGCCUAGCGAAGCAUGUAGCAUUACGCGUGCGCGCGUGGCGAGACAGGUUGUUGCACUGCCACUCGUUCUGUGGCACGCCAGCACUCGAGCGGUUGCGGAAUAUGUAUCUUGGCUUGCUUUUUUACUGUCUCGCAGCGGACGACUGGACGCACGCUCCAGUGAACAAAGUACCACGAGCAGAGGGCGGCCCGCUUCCCGGCUUGCCGUCGCAUACUGCGUGCAUGCUGCGCCACCGCAUUCCUGGGGUUUUGUUGCGGGAAACGUGCUUCGUCGGAGCAGCCGAGCAAGCGGGCGGGGCAACGUCUUCAUCUUCAAGAGUCAGGAGCGCCAGCGCUUACAGUACCCGACGUCGAAUUCGCGCCGCCGGUGGAGACACAGGCACGACCCCGCGAAGUCAACGUCAGCAUGCUGAUGGUGGCAUUUCUGCCCGAGGGCACAUCAACCACAACCACCUAGUUUUCUCAAACACAAUCCGAAGUGCUGCUGGCAUGGUGGACGAAACGACUGUUGAUGUCGGUCAUCCCGACCUUACGCCGUCCGUCGUGUCGGCAGGUAGCCGCAAAAAAAAUUUUUACGAAAGUCGGCUCAGCUGCGAACAGGAUGCCAUGAACAACGUCGCUAGACCAUCAACGACAACAUCUAGACUGAGCACGGACAUUCACAGAGACAAUUUAAGCCUGUCUCAGAGUCAGGUGCUGGCUGCAGGCGUGGAAGAGUUUCGUCGCCAAGUACACAGUUUCGACGCCAGCGGAAUUCGUACGGAGCACUCACCACCUCCACAGACCGGCGGUUCUCUGGAUUAUCUCGAUCGGGCUCGGGAUAUCGUUUUGCGGACAAGCGUGAACGCCGAUGUUGUCGGAGGACCGUUACCUGCUGCUAUAGGUGCAGCUGUGCCUGCAGCGGAGACGACGAGCUUGCUGAACCUCCCAGAAAGGUCGGCUUCGGACGCCAAGAACAGCCACGACGCAGAUGCACCAUUAUCCUCAUCAGCAGAGGAAGACGAAAUGGUCGCUCUUGUUGAAACCCUAGCUGAGCAAGAGCGGGUGCAGAACGAGCAGCGCAAGUGUAAAGAAUAUCAAAAUUGUGCAGCAAGCGACGCAGGAGGCAUGGUCAUACACAAAGCAGCAGCCGCUUCUCCUCCUGUCGGGAAACUACAACAGGCUCGCAUGUCAUCUCAUCGUAGUCGCUCCGCAUCGCGGGAACCGAUUGCUGAGAGUCGUGCUGAGGCAAAGCGCGACGACCUCUCUGGGAGACCACAUCGAGCAGAAGAUGACGUAAAUCUCGAAAUCGAUGAGGAUGAUCCAAUAAACGAUCACGAACCACGAGCCCCUCCGGUUGGGGGUCCUGGCCGAAGCGCGACGUCAUCCUCGUCUAAUUUGUUGUUUUAUCCUGGCGAUCGUGCAGGCAGAACAGCCGCGUCACCUCCUCGUACAAGGGAAAGAGACAGAUCAGCAGACUCAACAGGUCGCCGCAGUCGGUCACGCACGCCUCUUGGCGGAUCGCAGCACGGGAAUUGGGAGCGACCAAAUUACCUUCGGGGACUGCCGACUUCGCAGAUCAUGCGCAUGCCGCCUCCGCAGAUAUCGUCGUCUAUCUCUCGUGCAUCGAGUGGAAAAAAACCAAGACGCGUUAGCAUAUCGACAGUACCGCGCGAAGACUCGGUGCUCUCACCAGCGACAAACCGCUCCUUUGCGCGUGCCGAUGCAAACUUCACGGCUGCGAUUCGACAACACUCCACAAGCCCAGCAGGGCAAAAGCCCAUAAGUGUAAGUGAUUUGCACGAAGGUAAUAGUUUUAAUUCAAUCAUUUACAUCUUUUUGAAUUUUCCACUCAGCUGUCAAUACGUCGGGUCGUGCGUGUGUCCAGGGAAACCUGAAUAUUGAUGAAGAUGGCUUCAUCUAGAUCUAGUUUAAAAAAAGAGUCGUCGACAAAGCUAAAGCACGACGUGCAUCUACAAACUCUAGCUCCCGAAAUGAACAACGAAGCGACCAUCAAUAGCCAAGGCCGUGUGCGUGGUAGUCCCAACACAUCAACAAGCGUCUUCCUCCAUCACUACCACCAUCACGAGAACGCGCGGAUACACCAAUUGGAAAAGCAAGUCCGCAUCCUUACGUCAGACAACAGACGCCUGCGGACCGAGGUACUUUCGUACUAUAAUUGGAUUUGGAAAUAAUGAUCUUCUAGAACAACGACAUGUGCGACCAGUCAGAGCAUCAUACAUAAUCUCGAUCUACUCGUCCAUGAGAAUUACCAUUUCCCCCGCCCAACUUGCCCCACGAUCAUCAGCUUCGACGCGGGCAGAUCCGUGAGCAGCGAUUGCGAAAUGCAUUGUCUUUGCGAGAAAAGGUCUUUUUGAAUGCGCCAGCUAAUGAGCCCCUUCGUGACGACUCAGCGGUUCUCAAAGUGAUGAUGCAGCCAGUGCGCUCAGAGGAUGAGCGACUGUUUUCGAUGAAUGUUGAAAGGGCUAUUUCAGAUGCAUCUGCAGCAGUGGCAAGCCAGAGUAAGAGCAGCACCGUGCCCGGUGGGACGAUCGCGCAAAUCAAUGACAGUAUGCUUUUGCCUGAAUAAUUAUUGUUUUCGGGGAGGUCGCGGUCACCAGAGUGAUAUUAACGCCAAUGGCAAUGAAGUGGAAGGUAUACUAAAAGUUGUAAAUAGUUAAUAGGCUGUGCGUCGGCUCUCUUGAGUGCUUCAUAUAUUCUUCUUCAUAUUCAUCACUGAUAAUCUAUCAUAUUACAGCCGACGCUUUUCUCGCAGAGCUAGACAAACGACUUCCGGCUUCUAAGGGUGCCUCUGAAGCAACGGGGGCGGACGAUUUUCUCCACUACCUCGACAAUUUUCAAAAUCAAACGAAAACUCUCUUGGACCAAAAGACCACCGCUGCUUCCAGUAAGCUAACAUCAACUCAAAUGGAGUCCUCAUCCGGUCUCUAUGGGACAGAACCAUUUGAUUUUGGCACAUCUAGUUCUAGUAACCAUCUUCUUGGCCAGACGAGCGGAGGUGGAGGAACAGGAGUCGGCGCACCAGCACCGGGAGACAGUGUCGAAGAUCUAGCGCUACGUUCCGUUUUUGCCGCGGACAACAGACGCGAUGCUAGUUUCGGCCACCCAUCUAGAUCAUCAUCGCCAGGAGCCACUACAGGCCAACAGAUGGUCGCAGGCGGAGAAAAUGCAUUUCACUCGAACAAGCCACAACCCGCGAGUGCUAGCAUUUUCGAGUUUAGCCCAGAAAAGGCAAGUGGGAAUGACGUCCUCGAGCGAGCAAGUGUGCCUCUUGUGGCCAUCCCUGGGCAUGCUUCUCCUGCGAGUGCUCGAUCUCGAAAUCUCGCCGAUAUAAUUGUUGCUAGUAGCAGCAGUAGCUUUACACCUGACCCCGGGAAACGGACCUCCCAUACUACUCCUUCUGCGCAAGAGCUGGUCGAUCUUAUCGACCGCAGUCUGACAGCCGUGUGAUAUUGUUGUAUAUGAGCUCUUGUCUCGUCAUCCAUAUCCUACUUGUCAAAAUUUGCGCAUAAGAGCUCCCGCUCGUAGUGGUAGUGCAGCCUUCAACUUCGCGUCAGGUCGGCAGCCUACGCGGAGAGCUGCCGCUCAUCACAUGGCGCCGCUAUACUUUAGUAUAAUAGUUGACGUAGCGGUGUUCGAGAGCUAUUGUUUAUUAUCGUUCGACGUUCCCAGUUCAC